GGAUCGUCACGCCGUACUGACGUCACCGCUGAGCCACGCUGCACUGCCAGUCCAAACAACUUUUCUAGAGGAACUCCACAUCACAACGCGCCCGGGAGCCGUUUAUCAAACUGCUGAGAUUCAACAAAGUAGCCGAAAACGUUACGAGGAAUAACCGAAACGACAUAAUUUUGCUUUUGAUUACAUAUAAUUUUGUUUUUUUCCUCACUAUAUAUAUAUUUCUUUCCUUACAAUUGUCGUUUCUAAUUGGAAGUUAAGAUGUGGAAUCUGCGGUUGUUGUUCCUCGUCGGGCUGACGACUGGGUUUAUCAGUGAAAAACUCUUUGUCUCCUCCCAGCCAUCCUUUUCCACAGCAGAUGACCUGUACCUAGAGGGCAGAACGUCAGGUGACCUCCCUAUAGAUGAUGAAGAUGGUGACGACGACGGCUCAGGCUCUGGAUCCGGUGGCUAUGCUUUCAGCGACUUCAGAGAUAAAGACGAGAUACUCAGGAGGUUCAUCAACAUCUCUGGGACCACAGUCUUCAAAGAAAUGGUUCCAAGUCAACCAGAGCCAACAGCAGACGCUCCUGACAACCCACCAACCACAGCAGCAGACAGCCAGGAUCCAUCAACCACAGUGAAGGACACUGAGACAACACCAUUCAUGUUCCCUGAUGGGGACAAAAAGGAUGAGGAGGUGGCAGGUUUUGGCCCAACAGCUGACUGGUUCACACAGAGUACCAGUCUCCGCUCUACCAGCAAGCCUCCCAGUGAAACUACUGCAACCACAUUUGGUAAAGACAUCAGUGUAACCAAAGAUACCGACAAGGACAAGAGUCUGGAUAGGUGGGAUGUCCCAACACCCAAAGACAGUGGAGAUGAAGUCCCGAUCAAAAAGGGUGAAAAUGAUGUUCUGGCCAAAGAUGGCCGAGGAAGCAGAAUAUAUGAGAUGGACUCAACCAAAGAGAUGACCUCUGAGAACUUGUGGGAGAGGACAGAAGUGCUGGCAGUGAUAGCAUGUGGAGUAGUUGGAUUCCUCUGUGCCGUUUUCCUCCUCCUCCUCCUCGUCUACCGUAUGAAGAAGAAGGACGAAGGUAGCUAUGACCUGGGAGACACCAAACUUUCCUCAACAACCUAUCACAAAGCACCUACCAAGGAGUUUUAUGCCUGAACUGACCAAUAGGGACUUUAAAUGGAAACUGUCUCCUCCAAAUCAGGACUGAGAAUGGAUCUAUAAACAACUAAAGAUGAUUCCUCUUGAUGAAGUUUGAAGUCAAGCACGUCUGUUGUUCUGCAGUGCUCCUUCCAUUUUUUUUUUCUUUGUUUUUCUUUCCUACCUUCCUCCUCUGCUACCCCUUCACAUCUCUAUAUAUAAUGUUAAGUGUUUGUAAAGAAGGUAAUAAAAGAACAAAUAAGACUAUUAAAAUACAUUCCUAUCAUUCCACGCUAGGGAAGGACUUAGACAUUAAAUACACAUCCUAAAAUUUACGAGAGGAAUCUUUUCUUGAGUAUCACAAUGGAUCACAACUGUUCUAGUCCAGGAAAGUAAUCACCUUCAAAGUAUUGAUAUCACUGUGCCUUUAGACCCACAUUGCUUUUCUAAGCUGAACCACAUCGGGCUGGACUUUGUUCUGCAUUACAGACAAAUUGAUUGUCAGAUUUAGCAGAGCUACAGCCUGAACUGUCCCAGCUCAGCUUAACAACAUUGAGGAAGUUCACAAAACAUAUGAAUAGCCUUAAUGCAUUUGAAUGCUGAAUGCUGUUAAUAGAAAUGGUACCCCAUAUGGGAUUAGUAUUACAAAUGGCCUUUAAAAAUGUAAACCCUUUUCCCUUUAUUUGAGGUCAAAUUUGAUCUGUUUAACAUUUUUCAUUGGUACAUUUCAUUUCCUGUAUGCUUUCUUUGCUGAAUUGAAGAUUUUUUUUUUUGUUGUUGUUAUGAGGAAUGAAUAUGUUUUUUUCAUUUGCUAGUCAGUAUUGGUGUGAGAGAUUUUGUUACUCUGCAGGUACAUAUUUUUGUUGUUUUCUCAUAGGUAUUUGACACUUAUAGAACUGACCAAAUAUAAAUGUGCUUUAUUUGUCUUGUGGAAAAUUAUUUUUAGUAGCUUUUUCAGUGUGUUUUGAUGUUAAGAGAUUAUAUUUGCUUAAGCCAUUUUUCAAAAAGAGAUUUCAGUCUUUUUUAUUGUAUUCACACAGUGGUAGCACAGUGGUAGCCUUAAUAAGUAGGUAAAUGUCCUUCAACCUUGCAUCUGUCCAACAUUAGUAAUAUUUUCAGGACUAUUUUCUUUGGUGACUGAGUGCAGCAAGCAUAUGGCACAGGUUUGCUAAGGUAGAACCAAGUCUAAUGACUAUAAUUCAGAAACCGUAAAAGUGACUUUCUGGUGACAGCCAAAGCACAUUCCUUUCUGACUGUCAGCUGUAUACAGCUACAAUAGCAGGUUUGAACUUAAAGGGACAGUGACAGCAUGUAGUGUUUCUUACGAUUUAUAGAGUCAGGGCUUAUUCACACAGCAGGGUUGGAGAGUUAAAAAUGCAAUCAGUUAAUAAAUGUGUUUAACUCUCAACUGUGAUAAGCAAUGUGACUGACCUGGAUUAUCCCAAAUCAGCAAUUUAUUCACUACUUAUAAAUUCUUUUUAAAUAGUUACAAUGCUAUUCUGAGUGUAAGCAUGUCAGGUUUUAAACAUGUGUUUCCUAAUUAUCAGUCUUUACCUCAACUAGCCAACCAAAGGAGCUUUUAGAGACUUUUAGAGCUUCAGUAAAGAUACAGGAGGCAGCAAGGACAACAGGGUUUUAUUCCCUUUAGAUAGCACAUUAUAUUUUCUUGUAAACACCCUGUUAAAUAUAUAUUUUAGUGAAAAUAUUGGGGAUUUGCCCUAUGUAUAGUCUCUGAUGAAUUCUAGCUACCUACUGCUUAUUAUGCGUCAAACAACAAUAUUUUUCACAUCAGCUUCUUACUGAAAUUGAGGAAAUGUUGUCUUGAAGCAGCUCUAUUGAUGGCCUUAACAAUCUUUAUGAAAAGGUAAAAUUAAACUUAAAAAAAAACAACUUUGUUAUCAAGAUGACUGGGAUCAGUGGUCACUACACACAGAGAGGUGAGGCUAAGUGGUUAAACUAUCAGUAGACCUGCCCCCAAUCCACACAUUGGGAUUGAAAUAACAUUGGUUUCAGAUUGUUUUAUUUCUGUUGCUCUGAUUUUGUUGACUUUGAGUUUAAUGUCAGACAACAAACGUUAAAUUGGUAUAGAAUUGUAAUUGCUAUUUUUGCUUGUUUUUAGAUUAUCCUGUAUCAAAGGUCACUGCCCCAUCUGUUGCAAAAUUCAUAGCAGUAUUUGUGUCUAUUAACAGUUUGAUCUCCUUCAUGAGGCAAUGUAAUGUCAAUGAAAGUUGGUGUGUGAGGCUACAUUUAUCUUUUGUACGUUAUUCAAGGCUACUUAAUAGUGUUUACGUGAUAUACUUUUUUCUGAUAUAAUAGAAAAGACUCUUAAAGCAAUUCUAGAUUAUCUGAAUGCAAAUGCAAACUACCUAUUAACUAUGGCUGGAAUAAACAGGACAAUCUUAUUACUAACCCACUGUGACUUACUGUUGAUAACAUGACAUUUGUUGAGCACUUGAAUCCUCAGUGCCUCACAAUACAUUAUGUGUUGAUUUACAGUGCUCUUACAGUAUUAGUGUCAUGCUUUGACGUUAGAGCUGUACAAAACCACAACUGUAAUAGUUCUGGGCUAGACUCCACUGUGCCAGUGUGGUCUAGGAAAAACUGGCAUUUCGGUUGUCCAUACCAACAGAAUGUCAGAGAACUGUCUGACAUAGACCAUACCCAUUGAGGGUUAAAGGGACAGUUCACCUCAAAAUCAAAAAUACAUAUUUUUCCUCUUACCUGUAGUGCUAUUUAUCCAUCUAGAUUGUUUUGGUGUGAGUUGCUGAGUUUUGGAGAUAUCGGCCGUAGAGAUGUCUGCUUUUAUAUAUAUAUAUAUAUAUAUAUAUAUAUAUAUAUAUAUAUAUAUAUAUAUAUAUAUAUAUAUAUAUAUAUAUAUAAUGGGACUAUAUGGCAGUUGGCGUGUGGUGCUCAAAGCGCCACAAGUAGCUUGUUUCAGUUUCAUGUGGGAACUAUUUUCUUUCUACCAAUAGUUCCUACAUGAAACUGCACACAACAAGGUCUGUGGAUUAUUUUGAGUAACCGGGUCAUGAUUUGUGGAAAGAGAUGUUGCUGUUGAGUUUUUCAAAAUAAUUUUUUUCAGCACCACAAGCUGAAUACUAUGAAGUCCCAGGGCCGAUAUCUUCAAAACUCUGCAUCUCACACUAAAACAAUCUAGAUGGAUAAAUAGCACUAUAGGUAAGAGGAAAAAUAGGUAUUUUUGAUUUUGAGGUGAACUGUCCCUUUAAGACACAAUGGGUUAGCACUUGUUGGCAAUCCAACAGGUCAUGACACACCAUAGCCUUUCUCUUCUAGGCUCUCUAAGUUUAUACGGUAUGUUGAUGAUACUAUAAUUUAUAUGUACUAAUUUAUACUUGCUUAGACUAUAAUCCAGGUUAAUAUGUCAGUGAUAAAUUGGGAUUGUACAGUAUUUCCUCAUGGUUGAAGCCUCUUUGUGCAUACUGUUCAGUUUGUUUUUAUAUUAUGUUGUAGGUUGUAUUUGACAAACCUUGGUUCAAUUCAUUUUCAAUUUCAUUAUCAGUUGUCAAGCUUUUUAAAAAUACGUUUUCAUAUGAAUGCAGUUAAUACAUGAUUAAAAUAGAAUAAGUUCCUUGAAAAUAUAUUGCAGCUUUAAUUUUCAUUUUAUUCGAAGUUGAAUAUGAAUUGACUAAAGCCUUGAAUUCAACAACUUAACACCCACCUACACAAUGGUGGGGAGCAACUAAAAACCAACUUACAGAUAAAAUGGUGACAUAAGCACGCAAGGUGGCCAAUAGAGAACUGUGUUGCUAAAAUGGUGUAUUUUAUGAGGUUCACUGCUCAGUAAAAGAUGUGGCUUUAAUGCAAUUCUAAAA